GGUGAGCGCCUCCUCGCCCCCGUUCGCGCGCGUCCUUUAGCGCCCUCGCGCUCUCCGGCUCCAGACAGUAGGCACGCGCGCCGCGCCGCGAGCGCGUCAUCGGAGAGCGGAGCUCGGCCAAGCGCUUUAUUUCCAUUCACUUUUACUUCUCAGCGGCUCCUUCCCGUCGAAUGCGACUCAGACGACAUGGGAUGGAAGGAGGUGGACGUUCACACUGCGGGCAUCAAACUUGAGGAAUAUUUGGAGCUGAGGAAGAUGAAGAAGGCAUAAACGCUGAAGGACUUUCACCGGCACAGAGGAGUGUGGAAAUAGAACCAGAUACAGGUGGGAUGCCGUAACCGGGGGCGACGGGGACCAUGGACUCCUGGAUCUUCCCCACGUCCCCUCUGAACCUGUCGGAGAGCUUCAUCUACGACAGCUUCCUGCCGGGCAACGGAUCCGAGCCGCAUGGGAAUUACACCAACCACAGCUUCACCAGAACCAGCACCGUGGUCAUCACCUGCAUGUACUUCCUGGUGUGCGCGGUGGGGCUGUGCGGCAACGCCCUGGUCAUCUACGUCAUCCUGCGCUACGCCAAGAUGAAGACGGUCACCAACAUCUACAUCCUCAACCUGGCCGUGGCCGACGUGCUGUUCAUGCUGGGCCUGCCGUUCAUCGCCAUCCAGCUGGCGCUGGUCCACUGGCCGUUCGGGCCGGUGCUGUGCCGCGUGGUGAUGACCGUGGACUCGCUCAACCAGUUCACCUCCAUCUUCUGCCUGAUGGUGAUGAGCAUCGACCGCUACCUGGCCGUGGUGCACCCCAUCAGGUCCACGAAGUGGCGCCGGCCCCGCGUGGCCAAGAGCAUCAACCUGGCGGUGUGGGGCGUGUCCCUGAUGGUCAACCUGCCCAUCGUCAUCUACAGCGGCAUCAUCACCAAGCACGACAUGUCCUUCUGCACCAUCGUGUGGCCCGAGCCCCAGGAGGCCUACUACACGGCCUUCAUGUUCUACACCUUCAUCCUGGGCUUCUUCCUGCCGCUCAUGGUCAUCUGCCUCUGCUACCUGUUCAUCAUCGUCAAGGUGAAGUCGUCCGGCAUCCGCGUGGGCUCCUCCAAGAGGAAGCACUCCGAGCGCAAGGUGACGCGCAUGGUGUCGGUGGUGGUGGCGGUGUUCGUCCUCUGCUGGCUGCCGUUCUACGUCUUCAACGUCACCUCGGUGACGGGCAGCAUCAGCACCACGCCCGCGCUGAGGAGCACCUUCGCCUUCGUGGUGGUGCUGGGCUACGCCAACAGCUGCGCCAACCCCAUCCUCUACGCCUUCCUGUCGGAGAACUUCAAGAAGAGCUUCCAGAACGUGCUGUGCCUGCAGAGGGCGGGCGGCCCGGACGAGGCGGAGCGCAGCGACAGCCGGCAGGACAAGUCCCGCGCGGUGAGCGACCCGACGGAGACGCAGAGCACGCUGCUCAACGGCGACCUGCAGACCAGCAUCUGAGCCUGACGCGGGCGGACGGACGCCUGGCGGAGGCAGGAAGCGGCCGGCGCUCGUCGGGGCCACAGCGCGUUAUCAAAUAUUGAAGGAGGACCUUUCAAGGAGGCAGAGCACCAGCAGGAGUCAAGGCGCACUGGGCGUGAACAAAUCUAUUGCAGUCACGGAGCUUCACAGUUUGACGGACAUCGACUUCCUUUUGUGCGUUGUCUAAAAAUAACCGAUCGUCCGCCGUGAGAGGAGACAAGACGAGCUGGAGUCGACACCAUGAUUCCUCUACUUCUGUCUCUGCUGAGGUGUUGGGCCGUAAAUAGCUCAACAGAGCACGUUUUAUAUUUAGUCCCAUGUAGUUUUGAAGUUCCUCACAUGCACAUGUUGAAUGAUGGAACCAUUGGUUUCAUUUUGUGUAGAUGUGAGCAGCGCUGUUCAGUGAAUGGGUGAAUGUGUGGCUGCGUGUCAUUUUUCACCAUUUCAAGAAACUGAGCUAACGUCUAACCAAAGUGCUGCUAGCAUGUACAGAGCUGUUAUGUAUAAAGUGCUGGACCGAGCUGGAGCCAGGUUCUGUUGUGAUAUGGGUUAUUUUCUAUUAGGAUCUUACUGUUGUUGCUUUUAUCAGAAAUGCCAGACUGCAUUUAUAUUAUUGACCACGAAGACGAAGAGCGAUUCAUGUUUUUAAAUCAUCUCAAACUGCUUGUUGGUCUUUUGAGGCUCGUGUUCACGCCUCCUCCCACCUUCUUACGGGCGGGGGUCCUCCGUGCUCCACCCAGGACAUCUGGGAGGCCACGCUUCAAGCAGUACUUCUGAUCCCAGGUGUCUAAAAGGCAUUAACUUGCGAAGGGCUAUAACACUUUACAUUUAUUAAAGACACAGAGUCCACAGUUCAUCCUGCGACCUCCUGCCCGUUGCUGUGGUCAAACAGUCCGUGUUGGUUUAACUUUUACCCGACAUGUGCAGAGCCGCGGGUCAAACUGGGAUGCGUCCUUGUUUGUGCACUGAUCCCAGCACGAGCCAAGCACGAUCAUAGUGACUCAUCAAAAUCCAUACGACGCAGUUUCUAUGAAGUCCUGCUGAGUUUGUGACAUCGCCUGCAACAUCUUAAUGCCGCCAACAGACAGACCUCUAGUGUCCUGCAUCGCCAUAGCAACAGUGACCGUGAGUGUUGGUCCUGUGGCUACGCUCAUUAGCAUAAUAAUAACAAAGAGGUGCCUCGGGACAUGAAUUAUGAAUGUAGACAUCGCUCACAUCAGGUUCGCUGUCCGCCGAGCAGCUCAGUGGCUGAAGACCGGAGCAGACCGGACACCAGCGCACUUGUUCCUUUGUUGUUGUAAUAAUAUCUAAUCGUCCACUGUGGUUGUUGUUUGUGUUGUUAUGAAGCUGUUUAUGUUUCAACGUUGCUGUGUUUUGGGGAAACAACGUUACAGCCACUGUUCAGUUCUACACAAAAGGUUUGCAUUUGUUGCGUUCUCAUAGUUUCUCCUCGGUUUGUUAUGAGUGAAACCUAGAGUUUGAUGUAAAGCCUGUGCUGAAACUAAAUAAAGAAUAAAACUUU